AAAUCUAUAAUAUCACAAAUAUAUGAAAUGAAAAUCGGAGUAAUAUACUUAUUGCUUCUAAUGUUUUAAAAAACAGAAAGCUUCGAUACAUUAUAUAUUAUUUAUUAACGAUAUAUCAUUUAUCAAUGAUUCGUGCAUUUUGCAAAGAUCAUCUAAUUGAAAUGUAUAUGUGUCAAUUUCGCAUGUGUAUCAUACAAUAGUUUAUGACGUCUCUUAUUCAGUCAUUAAUCUGAUUUUGUCAGUUGCAUCGGUUUAUUGCGCGUCAGACGCAAAAUUGGCAUCAAUUGUCUUCGAAUUGUUUUGCAGUUAAUAUAAUGGCUACGGUCGAAACAUUCUUUGAUUGAACAAUUACUAAUAUUCUUUGUUCCGAUUGGUCAAUCAAAUACUUCGCGGCAUUCGUAAUGGCAAAUGGACCGCACCUAACGCAUAUGAUGGUCGUAAGUCUCUGAGUUGCAUACGGCACGUUCAAAUAGAAAGUACAAUAGCAAAAGCUCUGAAUUUUAAGCGGUGUGAAUCGAUUCUUUUCAUGUGAUAAAAUGACAAAUAUGUCGCGUGCAAUUAACGUCGGAAGUAUAGCGCGAAGGAAGUACGCGAUUGUCGUAUACCGUUGAUUAAUGCAAGUGCGUAAAUUAACCCUAUUUUCGCGAGUGUUACGCAAGUACCGGCGUAGCGGAAAGCAACUACGGAGAAACUUAAUCUUUGAGAGAGAGAAGGAGGGAGUAGCAUCGAGUAACGGUAGCGGAACAACUUUUGAUUAAGUAUUGACGAAGUUACAAUGCAUUUACAACUCCACUGCUGCACAUCGUAUCCAUGAUGGCGAUGUCGAGGCCGUGGUGCACAGGCCACAGCAGCGGGAAUAGAUAAGGCUGCAGCGAGGGGCCGCCGCGCGCCGGGCUAGUCAUGUGUAGUGUCAUGUGGCUUCUUCGGCUCCUGACGAUCUACCGCUUGGCUCACCUCACGGCAUCCGGCACGCAGACAGAACUGCCUCUGGCGACGGACUCGAUUUCGACGAAAUCGACGACAGCGAAGCGAUCUGUGCCGACGGAUGCACCAAUGCUGAACUACAUCUUUGACACGCACAGCACUCUGAACAAGCAUCAGCAUCAUCACGAUCACAAAUGGGGCCCUCACUUCGAAGGCGAGAGCUCCAACAUUACGGUGCAGGCUGGUGCUAGUGUCACUCUCGAUUGUAGGAUAUCGUUGCUGCAGGACAAAACCGUGUCCUGGUUGCGACGACAAGAGGGUAGCGAGAAGAUGAGGCUGCUGACGGUAGGUCAGCAGACGUACACGGGCGACCCGAGAUACACCAUCGAAUUUCAGUAUCCGGACAACUGGCGUCUGCGUAUCAAACGUGUUAACAGCAGCGAUGAGGGCCAAUACGAGUGUCAGAUCAGUACCCAUCCACCAAAAUUCAUUUACGUCAACCUACACAUUAACGCGCCGUCCGUCCAAAUAGUGGACGCCCUGGGUGAACCACUGCGGGACAAGUAUUACGAAGCUGAUAGCACCAUCGAGCUAUUGUGCAUCGUGCGUCAUAUAGCGAUGCAGGUGCAAUACAGCGUCGUCCAAUGGCUCCAUGGCAAUAGGGUCUUGAACUACGAUACGACGAGAGGCGGUAUCAGCGUGAAAACGGACCUGAUGGAAGAGGGGGCCAAUUCGACUCUCAGUAUAGCUAAGGUCGGACCUAUGGAUAGCGGAAAUUACACCUGCCAGCUUACCACCAUGCCGGACCAACCCGCCACAGUUCACGUACACGUUUUAAACGAGCUAAUUUUAGAAAUUUAGUCCAGAGGAUAGUCCACACAUGAUUUUUCAGGUAAGUAUUAUGUCUUGACUAAAAUUCAUUGUGAACAACGCAUAAUUACAGCACUUUUAGAUAACUUGAAACUACACAAGAGUGAACUGCUUUAAUUCUAUAAAGAUGUAUGUAUCAUAUCUCGAAAUAUUACCAAAACUUUUUAAAUCUUGUAUAGAUUGUUUUAUCACGUUUGUAUUAUCACGUUUGAGUAUCUGUGAAAAAUUUGACCAUAAUCCUCUUAUUGGUUUAAAAGUUAUAUAUUUUUUGUUCGCUCUUGAUUCUUGUAUAAAAUCGCAUUUUCUAGUGAUUAUUGCAAAUUUGAUAGUAUUACGAAUUAAAUUAAACAAUACCAAUAAAACUGUAAUAAGUAUUUGUGCAAAGUUUAUUUGAAUCCAUUUAAUCAUUUAAAAGUUAUUUAUUUAAAACCGUAACAAAAUAUUAAUUUUGUUGCAGUUUUAGAUAAGCCAUUAUAAGUCAAAUUUUUCAUUAUUUUCUCUUCUACGCUUGGUUUUAGGGCUAAAAUUCGUAUAUAUUAUUUAAAAAAUUUUGUUAUUGGUCGUGAGAAGAAUAAACUUGAGAAACCUGCAGUUUUUCACAUUUUAAUAGGUAAUUUUUAGCUGGCAUUGUCAAAACACCCUUAAAUCUCAUUUCCUGCGAAUUUUAUCGCUCAGAUUAUACAUAUAUAUAUGUCUCGCAACUCUAAACUCUGUUCCCUUUUACAUAAUAUUUGUUUGAUCGAGUUAAACAAAUUUUUGCACGAUGACUUAUUUGUAUUGGAAAAGUAUUGAACGUGAUUUGACAAUGGAUGUACAUGGCCACACAAAGUGGAAUAUUGUUGACGUAAAAUUACACGAGAAGUUUUCUUGUAAAUCGAGCAUGGCGAAUUAGAAUUCCGCACGUAUAGCUGACGUUGACGACAGCGUCUCUUCCGUAUUUUGUAUCGCGUGCCUCAUUCAAACGCGCCUCUCACUCGGAGCUUACUCGGUUUCCAACUGCAAACGCGACCUAGAAUACAUAUGUGAGAUUUUCAUUGAUUGGAAAACGAAGGGAUGUCUUGAACAUUACGCUCUACUUGCAACUUUUAUGAACAUUCUCGAUUGAAAAUCGUUUCUAGACACUAGAAGUUAUUCAAAUUAUAGCACAUAAAUGUAAUACAUAUAUGAUAUCUAUAAGCAUUACUUAAAAAAAUUGUUUGGCUUCCAGGUUUGAAUGAUUACAGUAUGUCAAAUAGAAUUUUAUUUAUAUUUUAUACAAAUAAAUUUUUUAUUUAUGCAAAAUAAUUAUUUUAUCACAAAGAAAAUUAUAGAUUUAUAAGAAAUGACAAAAUAACUUUUUUUAAGAUUAUAAUUCUUAAUAAAAUAUUUUCCAUUACAACAUUAGUAUUUAUCUUAAACACAAAAUAACUGCAACGAGUGAUUAAAAAACAACUGCUAUUUCUUCUUAAAAAUAAUAUAUAUGUAAAUAACUCUUAAUGUAAUAUCUAGUAUUAUAAAAUUAAUAUUUAUUUUGGAUCAACGGUUGGUGAGUGUUUAAUUAUAUUCUAAUAAUUUUUUAAUUAAAGUUAAUCUUUAGUCAACGGCAUAAAUCCGAAAAUUCGUAACAUAAUUGUUCUUAGAGGUAUAUAUCUAUACUCAAUUAUAAACACAUUAAACAAUGAAAGUACAACUUCAGUUUAUUAGAAUUCUGAUGAUUGAAGAAAGUAUCACGACACUGUACAGCUCGGUGUUUCUCUCGAGAGAAAUAGCAUCAGGCGGGCGCGGAGCUUACGUUUCAUAAAAGGAAGAUAUGACUCGUCCCUUGCCUACGUCCAGCUUCGACCAGCUCGUAACAAAGCAGUGCACCGUUCCGCACAAACGCACGGCCGCCUUCACGCCCAGCUGCGAUUAAAGGACGAGCGGCGGGUAAAAAUAACAUGGUUGAAUUCCAACGUUCGCCGCUAUCCCCGUCCGACCUGUCGGCCAAGAUUUAACGAGCGUUACCAAAAAAAAAAAAAAAAAAAAAAAAAAACCCCUCCCCAGGGCGAGGCUAAAUUCCGCGACGUCAUUCCAACGCAAGCUCCAUUUCCGGAACGACGUUUCGUUACUUAUCGUACCUACCGCGCGUACACGGUCGCGCUCCGCCUCUCAUCGGGAGAUUGAACCCGACGGAACUUAUCGUCAACCCUGCCGCAAGUGGGAUACGCCGCGAAUAACGUGCGGGAACAUACGCGGGAAGUAGCUCCGGUGCGCACCGACAGAUUGGACGUGGCUCCAUCGAUCUCCCCGUUGGACCUCCAGGAACUCUAUUCAUCCGUACGCGGUCCGCCGACAUCCACGAACAAGAUUCUUCGUCUCUUCGAGGGUAACUUUUCACGUUCCCUUUCGAAAGCCGGUUCCUCGUUUGAAAGCAGCGCGCUGCGACAUUCGGAAAUCUUUCGCGAACGUUGAAUACUACCGAGAAUUUCGUCGAUGACACUUAUACACAAUUUAUCGUUCUUAACAUUUGUAAAGUUACAAAGUAUAUCUAGAAAACCGUGUACAAAUAAAUAUAAUUAAUAUUUAAAACAUUAAUCAAAGCAAAAUUUUAAAAAGAAAUCAAAUCUAACAGAUUUCUAUCACCAUCAGAUGAAUCUUUUUCCAUAUUAACGAUUAAGGAUUAACAUAAAAUUAUUAUAUAAAUUAAUUUAUUAACUAUAGCGCACAGAAAAGAACAUUUUUUGUUUUAUAAGGAUUAUCUUUAUUUUUUACAUAAUUUAUUACGCAAAUUUUAUGUAAUUUUGAAAAUUUACUAAAAAAAUUUUUUUUAACUUACAGUAACCAUAUUGGAGAUGUAAGAUCAGUUUUAGACAGAAAUCGUGUAUAGCGUAAGAUGAAUUUAGAAGAGAAUUUGUUUCCGUGCUUCCGAGAGUUUAAUUUAUAAUUAAAUAUAAUCUCUACAAUUCUGCGCGAAUUCUUAACUUUCUAAAUCCUGCGGGGACACACGGUACUACGAAAGCGGAUAAAAGUAAGACACGGAGAAAAAAUCAACCACGAUUAUCCGACGCGUUUUGCAACUUUUAUCAAAUAAGUCUCUUUACCCUAGAGUGAAGUAACACACGACGUUUGUAACUUUUUAUGUUCGCUCUUUCCUACGGUGCUUCCGGAUUUCCGAAUCUCAUUCAGCAUGGACCGAUCCAGCAGGUCAGAGAAAAAUAUUCAAUGCGCAAUAUCGCCGUCACUACUUCCACUUGAUUCUCAUGCAUUUUUCACGCGGCACGUGUCCAUCAUACCUUUUAACACCGUGCAAACCAACGCAGCGAGCAUUUUACAUGGAACAUCCGGGAGAAUAAAUGUACUAUAGAAAGAAUGUCGCGAGUAUUUCCAGAAGCAACUUUCACGUAUCUCCGAAUAACGCUUUGAAAUUCUUCUCUGACCACGUCGCAUCUUGCAAAUUAAAUAAGGGAGAGUUGCCAAAUGCAUAUUUUUUGUUACUUUUUUGUUAUUUGCUUAUAUGAUUUAUUCACAAAUUUGGGAAAUUGUAGUUUGUUGUUUCAGAUACGUUUUUAUUACAAUGUUUAAUGAAAUAUUUAACAACAUAAUAUUAUAACAUUAACUACAAGCUUUUUCAUACAUGCUGCAAAAGGUACGAUUUAGACAAGUAAUCGCUUUUGAAAUUAUUAUAUUUAUGAAAAAUUACUAAAAAGCAAUUAUUAAUUAAUACUUAUUUUGUUAGUAAUUUAUAAAAUAAUCAAAUAAGUGUGUAAAUGAACAUCCUACAAUAAAUCUUUAUAGAAAUAUAAAAAUGUAGUAUAAAAUUGUUUAAGUAUUAUUUAUAUUAUCAACAUAAAUUAAUUAAAUUGAAAUUACUUGUACCUAAUUUUUUUAAUGUUGCUAGUAUGAAACAAGAUGUAACUUGUUAAAUUUUGUCUUAUUUAUUUCCUAUUUUUGUUACUAAAUGUUGCUUUAUUAAGUAGAAUUAAACAUGAAACAUUGAUAAAGAACUAUUUAGGCGACUAGUGCACAUUUAACUCUCCCUUAUUAUUUUCUUCUCUCUAAUUUCUUUUUUCUUUAGAGUGAUCAUAUAACAAUUUCUCCGGCAAUUAUCGAGACAUGCUAAAACGGAAAAUAGACGAUUCGACGCUUCGACCUACAAUUACGAGCUUUAGAAUGAUCGCGUGCCUGUCUAUUCUCCACACUUCUAAUCAAGAGUUUUGCGUGUUGCGUGCUCAUGUCUAGUGCAUCAACAGACACGAGCUAGAUGAUCUCGUGGUAUCUUCUUUACGUGCAUCAACAAGAGAAUAAAAAUUGAUUUUUAAUUUUACCAGACACACAUAACACUGCACAACAUGAAGCAGAUUAAGAGAUUUAUAGUUUAUCGCGUAUUGUUUACACGAUAAUAAAAUAUUUUUAUAUUAUUAAUACGAUACGAACGAUAAUAAGUAAAUAUAUAGACAUGCUUAUGUACGUGUAUAAUGGUGUGUGUGUGUGUGUGUGUUCGUAUUAAUUAAAUGAAGAAUAUAACAAUAAAGCUUUGAAAGUUUUAUUCUCUUUCUCUCAAACUAGUUAUAAUCUAUUAUUACAACAGCUUGCAAUAUGAAUUCAUUUCUCUAUAAAUAUUUACAACAAUUACAUGUAGCGAAAUAAUUCUAUUUCUCUAUAAAUGCAACAAUUACAUGUAGCGAAAUAAUUCUAAAGGGUGAUAUACGCAAUGUAUGUACAAUAACAUGCAUGAUAAAUGAACUACAAAAUCAUUUUGCAUUAUUCUGACAGAUGAUGAGACUUCGACGCUUUGGAUUCUGUAAAAUGAAUUAUUUGAUAUAAUAACGAUUAUUGUGCGGCAACAUCAUAAUGAAGGGAUGAUUAAUGUGUCCUUAUAAAUUUUUAUAUACGAGCGGAUAUGUGUUAUAUUGGCUGCUCGUUUCACACCAUACCUUGGGGCGUUUUAGCAAUGGAUGCAGGAAACAUGCAACUUUACGAGGCGACGGUAGACUUGGCGGUGCAGAACGAAAUUUAUGAAUCCCUCCGGUUCUUAAAGAAUUGACGACAAAGAAGCAUAUUGCUCGCAAAAUGCAAUAUCGAAGUUUUAAAGUCGGCGCGAGACGACAACGUUACUUCGCCUCGCGCAAGCAGUGAUGGAAAAAGGGCGAUUAGCAUUGCGAUUGGAGGAAAUUACUAGCCAAACAUACACGAAAAGUAAUCUCCGGUAAGAUAGAUUUUGCGCGACUUGUAAUAAAAAUGAUGCAUAACAGUAAAUAAUUCUUUAUCGCACGUUUCAGAGUGUAUACAAUGCUAUUGCAACGCAGAAAUUUUCUUUACCUCAAAUACACUCCAUAUUCACAUUCGCUGAUUAUAAAUUAUGAAACAUUUAUUUAGCUUCCCCAUUUCCGAAAUGCAUACUUAAAUCCAUCGUGCUGACGUGCAAUAAAUUUACUUGCGCAAAUAUUAAUCGGGCGCGAGUUUUAAUGCGUUCGGGUACAGAAAAAUACACAAUGGUAACUUAAUACGAGGGAGGAAUCCUUGCGCAUUGUAAUAUAAAUUUACGUUUGACAGCAAUUAAUUUAAUAAAACGCAAUCCCUCGAAGUUACGGAGCACAAGUACAUGAAUUUAGUUGGUAAAUUUACUUUUCCAACAAUAGAAAAGUCAACGCCUGAUGAACAACAAAAUUCGUUUCAUUAACGCCGUUAAAAAUUUAACGAACAAUUUUCGCCUGCGUGCCACGCAAUUUUAAUGAUAACACACGAUAACAGGUAGAAAAAUAACACUAAGCAAACCGGUCGUUCUCUUUUUCAGUUUGAAAUUACUCGCACGUGCGGAGGAAAUUCCGUUCUCUGCGUAGCAGCGUGUUCAUGUAAACGUGCGGUCGUUAUCUUUAAUCAGUCACAGACCGUGUUAACGGAUUAUCAUAUCUCCGACGAGGACACGGCGACACGGGGAUUUCAGAAAUUCCGUGUUUUCAUUCGCGCUCAGAGAGACUUGCUGUUAGUAAUUUUGAAAACUGACCUAGCCACGCACUUACACAUUCCAUUUGUAGGAUGCAAACGUUGUUGACAAUUGUUUUGAACUGCAAAUAUUUCUUUUGCUACAUAAAAAAAAAAAAAACAAAUAACCGAGAAAUUUGAGACGAAAAUUCCCGUCUGAAAAUAAAUGAAGGAAGGUAGCCGAGGCCGAGACAUUACCGAAUGGAGAUUUCUUCGUAGAAAGACACUUCGUCUACACGAGCCUAUACGAGGAGAAAAUGAAAUCGUGAAGAAGACGUUCUCUCGCUCAGGAACGCUGCCGGAUUGCAUCUCGGGCACGGAGGUGUGAAUAUGUGUAAACGCACACGCCAGGCCGGCGUUAUAUCUCUCCGAGAGAAGAGAGAGAGAGAGAGAGCUCGCACUCUCGCGAGAGCUGGACGUGGCAAGAUAGGGCGUCGCCGGUGUCGGCGUUAUAAAUCGCCGCGAUUUCAUCCCGCCUGGCCGCGUUGUAUAUGUCCGGAAUGCAUCUAACUGCGGUUGCGCUCGCGUGUUAGCCACGUUUUCGGCUUCCGCUCUCCAGAAGCGCGGGGAACCAGAAAUUAUUAAAGAGAGAGAGACAGAGAAAGAGAGAGAGAGAGAGAGAGAGAGAGAGAGAAAGAGCGUAACGCGAUAAAGUGGGCACCGAUGUAACCCAAUUAAAUGUUCUACCGGCCAUGAUUCUACCGGCUACGCUGCAGAAAGAGGGAAGAUUUAUACGCAGAAGUCUCGAUUGCAAACGCGAAGAUAAAGAUCGAUCGAAUAUUCGUUUAAGGUCUCUUAAAAUAUCCUCACCGGACCGAUGUCUCCGUUAUGGAUGACUGCGCGAGUGAAAAAGUACCGAAUAAAAGCGUCACGUUUUGGAUAUUAAGUUUUAUUAAUUAGAUAAUUAUAAGUUUUAUCGUUAAAAUAUUCGAAAAUUUCAUUUAUAAAUUAAAUUUUAAAAAGAUAUAAAUAUAAAGUAGAUAAAAAAUUAAGUCUCAUUUAAUUUUGAGUGUGUGCAUGAUGAUGGUCCGUGCAAUUUACGUUUAUAUCACUGAAAUUGCAAAUUUGAAUAUAAAAUCUUACUCAAUCCGUAAAAAUUAGGUUUCUAUCUUUAAAUAGAUUUUGUAAGAAAAACGAGUAAGAUAAAAAAAAACGUACAUUACAUUUUGAACGAGUUCCAGAAUUCGUUUCGCAAAAACGUCUCGCUGCGAGUUCUCCUUACGGUAAAAUAACUCUAUAAAUAAAAUCGUCCUCCUAAGCAACGUCGGCUCGCAGUACAUCUCGAACGCUCGCGGUCAGUGGGCUCUGAUUAAUAGUAACUGACACUAUGUGUGGAUACGUCUUGCAGAUGAUAUCACGCCCGAUGCUUUCGGAAAGGGUUGUCACGUAACAUCAUCGAUAUUACGUCAAGCAACAGUUAUGCUUCACCAUAUGUAUUCACAUAUCCUAUAAUCGAUAAUUCCAAAUUAUGUUCAAAAUAGAGUAUUAGAUAUUAAUGGCAAAUGAUCAGUGCGGAACUAUUGUUAACUAAUCUUAUUCGUCGAUUACGCGGAAAUAAUAUUUCUUUUGCAUAAUUUUUAUCUUUCAGAUAAACAGCAGUAAGAUAUAUUUAGAUCUACGAAUGCUAUUAAAUUUAUGCAAAAAAUAUUAACUGAAAAUGCGAUGAGAGGCUGUUAAAACCGCAGAGCAAAUUUGAUCGUCAGCUCUAAAAAAAAUGAAGCCUCAUUUCAAUUUAUAACCACAUAAUUAAAAUCGGGUGGUAUACGCCCACGUUCUCGUUAAAGAAAAAUGUAAUUAUAAUAAAAACGCAUAAUUCCCUUUGGCCAUUAUAUUCAACGUUGCGUACGCAUUUUAAUAUUCGUGUCUAACACGCUAAAACGUAUUAAUGUCAAAAUAAGUUCAUCCUCUCAUCGCACUCGAGAGUUCAUUUUUUCGUUCUUUGUUUUUCACGGAUUCUUUUUUUUUUUUUUUUUUUUCCCCCAAAACUAUUUGGCGUACGCACGAUUCAUCAAUCAUACCGGGGAUAGUAGAUAUUGUUGAUGCUCUGUCCACAUGCAAAAGCAUGUUUACACGACACGCAUGAAAUGCAACAUUUGUUUAUGUUCGUUUAUCACGCAUCGCCGACGUUGGGAUGCAAGUGUGUUCUGUUAUGCAUCUGAAGCAUUUAAUUCGCGAAUUGAUUCGAUCAUUUGCUAAAAUCGUGCUGUGACUUGCGGCAAAAUUAUUGCAGAAUAUUAUUCAGAGCUUUUUACGUAAAAUGCAGAUCAUCAUUUAUUUGGCAAAUAUGAUAUUUUAAUUGUGUAACACAAAUAAUAUAAAUAAAGUUACAAAAUAAAUGAUACAAACAGCAACUUUUACGGGAGCGAUUUACCGAGCAGCAUCAAUCAUGACUGGAUAUACAAGAAAUCCUCCUUUCUCCUAAAACGUUACUUCGUUGUAAUUAAAUUAUUUGAACGGAGAUACGUGCAAUAUCUUUUUUUUUUUUUUAAGUAAUUUAACGUAAAUCUUUGGCUCGGUUACGUGGUUACGUCUUUGCUAGAUCUUAUCAUUUGUAUCAGUUAUCUUCUAAUUCUCUCGCAACUAAAUGGAUUUCGUCCCCAAAGAACCGACGCGACUUACAAAGCAGCUUUUAGAAAUGAAUGGUCGCAGCAAAUAGCGCGAGACGUUGUCCCGUCGUUACUCUCGACAACCCAAAAUGAAUUUUGUGUAUCGCCACGUGCCGGAAAAUACGCGAUUCUGUAACAAGGAGACCCUGUUUUACACCCGAAACACGAACGAUACUUUCGUCUUUAUCUCGUUCCGCGGCGGUUUUUGUGUUUCUACCCGUUUCCGCAUGACGAUAACGAAAGUAGUUCCGUGAUAUAAAUUUGAAUACAUUUUUUUCCAUGACAUUGGCCAUAAACGAAUCUUUGAAUAAUGGAAGUAAUAAAUAAUACUGUAAACACACACACAUAAUUUUAGCUUAAUGCAAAUUUAAUAAAAAGUUAACUUAUUAAAUAAUAAGAAAACAUGAACUAAUACGAAAACGUAACUAAUUAAAGAUGACCCUUAUUCGGUCACAGCUUAAUCUUAGGGUUGUUUUUGUGUGAUUUUAUUGUAUAGAAAAGAGUUAUUGAAUGCCGAUCAUUUAUAUUAUAUCAAUACUUUAUAUUUUUACUUAAUAAUUAAACAAUAUUUAGUUUACACAAAAAUAUAAAGUAAAUGAGAAAUGAGUAACGUAAACAGAUAUCAUUUUGUUUUGUUGCAUGCCAACAAUUAAUACUUCAAAAACUCUGAUAUUAAAUAGAGAAAAAGCAUAAGAAAAUGGAUGAUAUGAACUUUUAAUUUAUUUAUAUAGCUAAUAAUAAUGUAAUAAUGCAAUUAUAUAUUAAAUUUUUAUAUUUUUAUAGAACAAGAUUAAUUUAUUAUAAUAUAUUUUACAUUUAUGGUGUAUACAAGUUUAUAAUUAUUGAACUAAAGUUUUUACAAACUGUCAGUGUAUACUCCAAGUGGAAAAAUAUAAUAAAAUAUAAUAAAAAUUAAAUUAAAUUAAUAUAAUAAGUAGAAAUAAUUUAGUAAAGUUACAAAAUUAUUAAGCAAAUUGUAUAAAAUCAACGAAUUAUGAAUUUCUAAAUAAAUUGAAUAUUAAUUCCUAAUAAUUCUGUUCCUUUUAGAAAAUAAAUUUUGUGACGGAUUUCGUACACAAAUCUCUAUUCGAUGUUCCGAUUGCACUUGCGCUGUCGUCCGCAAUUUAUCAAUUGCGGUACAUACUGGGUGCAACGCGGCUACAUUAUUAAUUUGCUUUCCAAUUAAAGUGCCACGUCGUUAAAAGAAAUUUACACGCGCGUGCGAGUCAACGACGAAUGAAAAAGGGCCUGCUGAUAUUCGCCGCAAUAUUUCACGCCCGUGCACUCCCGUGAGCUCGAUAAACAGCGAUGCCGCAAAAGCAGGGUAUACAAGAUGGAAAAGGAAAGAAAGUUUGAAAAGAGGAUAGAGGGAGUUUCUGAUGCCGAAGAGAAAGAUGGGAUCGAAUGAAACUUUUGGCGCAAGCUGUUCCGAAACGUAUAUGGUAAUGUUAUAAAUUCGGAACGGCUCGUGCGUAUAAAUGCCGGCAAGAAAACAAAAGCGCGGGCAGCCCCGGAAUGGUGAUACGAAUCAAUAAAAAGUAAAAAAAAAAAAA